UCAAAACCAAAAUUUAGAAAAGAAAAGUUGUCAACAGCUUGAAGCCUUGAAGAACUUUUGCAUGGGUACCACAGGUCACAAGUCCACAAGAUAAGAUUAGGGUUCUUCUCGUUAAGAUUGUCACGAUCAGAGAUUUUUCUUCUCCUCUAGCUCCUGCCGCGCAUAAAAUUUCCAUUUUUCUAAUCAGCGUCAGUUCUCCACUUCCAUUUAUCCUGCAAAACCCUCUCAAUUUGGUUCUUCUUUUCUGUUCUGAAGCACUAAUUUAGUCGAAUUAAACAGAUUACACUUCAAGAAAAGGAAAAAAAUUACGUUCUUUCUCAGAAAAAGCUGUCUUUUUGUGGGCUUCUGUUAGUUUGCUGAUCUCACACAUACACUCUCUCUCGCUCGUUUGAGCUCCGGUGGUGUCUGUAUUUGUCGGUUCGAGUGAUUGUUCUUUCCAAUUAUUCACCGAUAAGGCAAAAACGAUUGAUGGGUAUCCGUUAUUGGUCGAUGUUCAGUCACAAUUUCGAUUCAGAGAAGAUAUUUUGUGUUUUCGUAACGGAUGGGUUGCUGUUCUCCCUCAUUUCUUCGAUCAAUUUCUCACUUUCUCUGUGUUCUUGAAUUUUCAGAAUUGGAGUUUGAUAGUUCAAACUACGGAGCACAGGAGCGGCUGACGCCCUUGUUGUGUGCACAUGGGAUUGGGAUUCACCCGCACAACGAGCACGGGAGCAGAAGAGCAAGACGACGAAGAAGACCAACUACAGUGGCGAUGGAAUCACAAUUGGCUCUGGUUGAUCAGUCCUUGAACGCUCGUUAUUCAUCUUGGGUUCGAGAAGCUCUCGAUGACAUACCCGAUUGUUUCACCAUUACUGAUCCUUCUAUUUCAGGUCACCCGAUCGUCUUUGCUAGCCGGGAAUUCUUAAAAAUGUCUUGUUACUCUAAAGACGAGGUGAUUGGGAGGAAUGCGAGGAUGUUUCAGGGCCCUGAGACUAAUCGAAAAUCAGUAAUGGAGAUUCGAGAGGCCAUUCGGGAAGAGAGGACUAUUCAGUUGAGUCUAUUGAACUAUAGGAAAGACGGGACCCCCUUCUGGUUGUUGUUUCAUUUGAGUCCUAUUUUCUGUAUGGAGGAUGGCAGGGUCGUUCACUUUGUCGCGGUUCAGUUGCCCAUAGCAAGGAAAUCUAUGGGUUUUUCAUCUGGGUUUGGUAGGAAUGAUUGUAAUUUUGAUGAGGCUGGCUCUAGAUUACCAGAGAUCGUUUUUGGAUCUUGCAGAAAGGAGGUGUGCUUGGAUUCAGUGACACAGUCAGUUCCUUUUUGGACGCGGGGUUCUUUCCAUGAUUUGGAUAAUAGAGGAUUGGAGGUUGAAGAUUCAUGUGAGGCAAGUGAUCUGGAGAAACAAAAAGCUGCUACGUCAAUUAACAAUAUCUUAUCUGUGCUCACUCACUAUAGCGAGCUAACCGGAAAACUGGUCUGUGGCAAGAGGUGCAACUUAUCCAGGACAAAUUCUCUUGGUUCAUCCUUAAUUAUAUCUCUUGGUAGAAUCAAACAGAGUUUUGUAUUAACUGACCCCCAGUCACCUGACAUGCCAAUUGUAUAUGCAAGUGAUGCAUUUUUGAAAUUGACAGGCUAUGCUAGACAUGAAGUGUUGGGGAAGAAUUGUAAAUUUUUAAAUGGGCCUGAUACAGAUACCAAGGUUAUCAGCCAGAUAAGAGAAAGCAUUCAAACUGAACAAGCCUGUACAGUAUGUCUUUUGAAUUACAGGAAGGAUGGAAGUUCAUUCUGGAACCGUCUUCAUAUUUCUCCAGUUCGGAAUGCUUCUGGAAAGGAUCUUCACACGAGGAAGACGAUUAGUGGAGGGCGUGAAAAGGAUGGGUUAUACUACCUCAACAAUGGCUAUCCUCCUUCUGUUGCUACUACGGCUAUUGGAGACAUGACCCAUUUCCAAUGGCACUGUCGUUUAGGUCAUUUGUUGCUUUCUAGGUUACAACUUUUAUUUUCUAGUUUUAAGUCGGUCCCUCGGUUAGAGUGUGAGGCAUGUGAGUUGGGUAAACAUCAUCGUGUGUCCUUCCCAUCUCGUUCUAUGUCUCGUAGUUCGUCCUUAUUUUCUUUUAGUCUAUUCCAAUGUACGGGGUCCUUGCAGAGUCAGUAAUAGAUUUGGUUUUCGCUAUGUUGUGACAUGUGGAUGAUCAUUCUCACCUUACAUGGUUGUACAUGUUAAAGGAUAGAUCUGAAUUUUUA